AUGUCUUAAAAGCCCAAAUUACCUUCCAGUCGAAAAGUAUAUCCAGUUACAAACUCCGGAUAAGAGUCCCCAACUUAAACUUAAUAUAUUGAAUCUUCUAAAACAAUUUCAUAAGAUAAAUAAUAAAAAAAGAAUGAUGACAUUAAAUUGAUAACAGAUGAAUAUCCACCUGUUACAUAGGAGAUAUUGAAAUUAAAGGAGAAAUUGCAAUUGGUUGAUAAAAUUUCCCUCUCCUUUAAGGAGGUUGAGAAGGACGAUGUGUAUUUUUAUGGAGAUGUGAUAUUCAAUAUGAAAUGUGGCUUUGGUAAGUAGUUCAAUAAGAAUAACUUGAGCUAUUAUUAAGGUGAGUUUAUGAUGGAUUUGUUUCAUGGCAAAGGUACGUUAAUUUAUCAAGAUGGCACAAUAAAACAAGGCGUAUUUUUUCAGGGAAGACUGGUUGAAGACGUAUUUCCUUUCUUAUAACCUUCUUAUGAUUUAAAGUUGGAUAGUUUUCAGAAUUUUCCAAAUGGUGCAAACUUUACUGGUUUACUUGAUGGAAAUGGAAAGAAAAGUGGUGUUGGGAAAUACAUUUGGAAGGAUGGUUCUAUGUAUUUUGGAGAAUUUUUUGAUGACAGUUUUAAUGGUUAUGGAUAAAUGAGUUUUGCAAAUGGAAAUAUUUAUUUGGGAGAAUGGAGAUAUGGAUAGAUGGAUGGUAUUGGUCAUUUCAUUUGGAAAUCUAAUAAUGAGGAAUAUAUAGGGUAAUAUAAAAGAAAUAAAAAAAAUGGAUUUGGAAUUAAUAAAUUCUCUGAUGGAAGGAAAUAUAUUGGCUAUUUUCGAGAUGGUUAGUUUGAUGGAUAAGCUAUCCUAUAGAAAAAGAAUCAUUUGGAUAAAAUCUCAUAUUGGUAAAACGGAAAUCAAAUUGUCGAGCCAACUUAAUAUACAUGCGAAGACAAUUUUUGA